AUGUCUGAAGACCUAUUUGCAGCCUUUGGAGAAGAGCCUGUCAACGGUGCGGCAACACGAACAACUCAGAGACAUACAGCAAGCUCUUGGGAAUCUGGCAUACAAAGAUCUCCUCUGUCCGGUGAAGGGCAGCCGGAUCCUCACAGUCUCAGAUCUGCGGGUACCCAAUCGGCUGUCGAGGAAGAUGAUGACGAUUUUGGCGAUUUCGAGGAUGCUAACGACUUCGAAACACCUCCAGAGGACCUCUCCAGCGAACCCAAGGCUACUCCUCAGAAGACCGAGUCUUCUGAGCCCCGGCAGAAUGCAUCAUCGGCAGCAGCAUUUCCUCCAAAGGCUCCAAAGGAGGCUGAGCAACACACCCAGUCCCAAGACUCCAAGAUCGGAAAACAUCCAUUUGCGGGCCACAUGGACUUUCUGUUUGAGGCUGGUGAUGACGAAUAUGAUGCUGGAGCGGACGAUUUGGAGAAUCUAGCCAACAAUCCUGAAGCAGCAAUGGCUUACUCUAAGCGGCUGAUUGCUGAGCAACAGGCACAGUUCAGUAAAUUGACCAAAUCGACGGCGGCAGCUCCGUCUUUGAGAGCACAAACAGCAGGACAUUCCCGGGCAACGUCUACAGCCUCCACACAUAGCUCGAGCCAUGCACGUAUCGGAUCACUAGGCAAAGCGAGCAAGCUCACCAAGAUUCCACCCAAGAUUCAAGGUAAAGCAGUCUCGCAUGCUCCUGCCAAUCCUGCGCCUGCAAGGAAUAAGCUGAAGAAAAAGUCGGGAUAUGCUCCUGCGAAAGAUCCCAACGUGUUGUUCGACGCCGAUGACCCGUCGGAGGGCGACGACGACGACGAAUUUGGAGAUUUCGAGGGCGGACCUUCUAUCUCCGUCGCAAGCGUGUCGACCGUGACACAAACAAAGCCAACACUUCAGGCUUCAAUGCCAGACAUUGAUCUACUUGGCUUGGAUCAACCUACUCCGAAGUCGCUCGGUCAAAUUGGCAGAACGAGAAGCGCUUCCAUGAGAGCGGCAGAUCAGAUCCUCGGUCCUCCAAAGCUCCCACCGUCCAACUCGCCAUCUGGAAGAGAAGGUCAGUUAAUAGACGACGAUCCGUGGGCAGACUUCGAGACUGCAGCUCCCAAGCCGACCCAGAUAUCAAUUACGCCCGCGCCAGUAAGCAUCGGUGCUGAAGAAGACGACGCAUGGGACGACUUCAAAGCAGCGGAUCCAAGUAACAUGCCUGCUGCGGGCUCAUCGGCUUCCACGCGGUAUUCGGUCGGAAAGCAAGCGGCAUCACCUUCAAAGCAGGCCUCAGAAUCCCUGGUGCCACUGACAAACAUACCUCCUCCUGCUUUGUUGCUCUCAAUCUUCCCGUCGAUCUUCUCUGCUGCCCAGGACACCCUUUUUGUGCCGAUGUCAAGACUUGAGCCUUCACAGCGUCACGAACUCCUUUCGCACCAUGCAACCCACCAGUUUAUUCGUAGCUAUCUCGACUCGGCCAUCGCUUUGGCGCACAUUAUUGCUGGUCGUAAAUUACGCUGGAAACGCGACCAGAUCCUGUCUCAGAGCAUGCGAAUUGGGCCUGCGGCUGCUGGUGGCAAGGGUGGAAUGAAGCUCGCCGGCGUCGACAAGUCAGAAGUAGCAAAAGAAGACCGAGAAGUCUUGGAUGUCGUCAGACUGUGGAAAGGUCAGGUGGGAAAGCUUCGAGGCGCUGUAACAACGGCAUCUUCGACCGCAGACGGCUCUGUCAGAUUUCCAUCGGUCCCCGAGAUCAGCGAAACGAUGCCAGUGAGAGCUCUCAAAUCGGUCGAGGGCGGCUUCGUAGCUCCUCAUGCAUGUGCUCUCUGUGGCCUUAAGCGGGAAGAACGUGUCCAGAAGGUGGACGUCGAUAUCGAGGACAGUUUCGACGAGUGGUGGGUCAAUGGUAUGGACACGCAUGUCACUUGUAGGAACUGGUGGGAAGGGAACAAGGGCAAAUUGCGUUCCAGGUAA